AUGGACAGAUAUAAUGAAGACAAGAACGACAUAAAUUUGAAUUUUUUAAAUUCCCUUAAAAGGGGUGAUGAGAAUGUGCACUCCAGAAAUAAAAAAAGUAAUUUUAUUGAAUUCCAAUACGAUAAGGUUGUAAAUAAUGUUUUAGGGUUAUUUAAAAAGCAAAAGAAGCAAAGAUUUCUGUCAACGUCAUCUGCUUUACGCAAUGACAUGCAUGAACAAAUUUUAAGUUCUCGAUUAUUUUUAGAUCUGCGUGAAGAUAGGGAAAUAUUAUUACAUAAAAUACUAAAGAAAAUUAAUAUUUUAAAUUUAAUAUAUUUUCGUUUUUUAAAAGAUGUUGACAUUGAAGAUGUUUUUGAUUUGCAUAAAGAAUUAUUUCCUGUUAAGUAUCAUGCAGAUUUUUAUUUUAGUAUUUGCAAUUUUGAUGAUAAUAAAAUAAUAGAUGAUGAUAUUAUAAAAAUUACUGAUAAGAUUUCCAAUUCAUUACGAAAUAAUGUAAAUAAUAAAAGAUACAGCAGCUGCAGUAAUAAUUAUAAUUGCAAUGACACUGUUUCAAAAGGGAUUAAUAACAAUAGGAGCUUCCAUGGUAAUAUUAAUGGCAAUUGCAACAAUACAAGCAAUAACAGUAAUGGAAGUAAUAAUGAGAUGAAUCAAAGCUAUCAUAACAUUGAUUAUCCCCCUAGCAAUUAUGAUUAUACUAACAUUCGUGAUCAUCUGAACAAUCGAUCUUAUCAUAACAGCAGGGGCAAUGACCUAAAUGAUUCUGACCAUAUCAAUAUAAAGGGAGAAAUAAAAAACUUAAUAAAUUCUAAUUCAGCAGAUAAUUAUAUACAUAGAAUAAAAGUAAAUAAAGUGGAGGAGACCAAGGCACUAAAUGAACAUUCGGAUUAUAAUGAUGAUGACAUGGAUAAUGAUUUAAAUAAAAAAUUUAUGAAUUCAGAAGAAUGUAAUUCGUUAACUAAUUCAGUAGAUAUGGAUAUUGGUGGAGAAAAAAAAAUAAAUAAAAAAUGGAAGGAAGAAGAAAUAUUUUCAUUAGGGGCCUUUUUACCCUUUUCGUUUAUUGAUUAUGUUAAUAGUGAUUAUAUUACCAAAAUGGUAAGAAAUAAACCUAUAGAAAAUAUUACUGAAAAAGAGAUUUUACUGGAUUACAUAAAAUUUAUAGAUGACACUAAUAGCAGAAUUAAUAAGAACAAACGCUCUAAUAAUUCUCACGUAAAAUAUAAUGAUUAUGAAAAUGGUUCCUUUAAAAAUAUUCCAAAAAAUAAUUUAUAUCACAUGGAAAAGGAUAACCUAAUUAAUGAAAGGAAAAAUGAAAAUUUUAUUAAUAGUACUAAUUACAAAGAAAAUGAAAAUCUGAAUACUCAAAAAUGUACGAAGAUUGCAUCCUCGAAUGUGGAUUCUAUUGCGAACGGGGACAAGUGCAAUUAUCUUGAAAUGAAAUUGAAGGGAAAUAUAAAUAACGAAGAUAAUUUAAAAAAAGAAAAAAUGAAUUUGUUUAUUAAUGGUAGUAGAACUUUUGGAAAUAAUAACUGCUACAAUAAUGAUUUGUUGAAAAAGGAUUAUAAAAAAGAAGACAACAUUGGUAAAUAUGAAUCCACAGGGUAUUGCAGAGAAAAUGAGGAAAAAAACAAUUAUAAUUAUUGUGAUAAAGAAAAUCUUUUCAUUUCUGACAAAAAGCAGAAUAAUAGAUCAAAUUAUGACGAUGUUAGAGAUUAUAUUAAUGAAUAUCUUAACAAAUAUCAAGGUAGUAAUAAUGAAAUAUAUAAUAAUAAUAAUAGUAAUAUUCAUGACAUAUACAAUCAACUAAAGGAGAAAAGUAUAAUAUAUGAGGAGAGAAAUGGCACAGAUCAAGAUAAACGUACAAAUGGUGUGAAGGAAAAUAUGUGCUUAAAUAAAGAAACGUUACUUUUAUAUAAUCCUAUUAAAAAAAAUAAAAUAAAAAAAGAUUAUUUAAUCGGUAGCAUAUCGACUUUAAUUAAUUACCAAGAUGUUAAAAAUGAAAAGGAUUUUAUUAAUAUAUAUAAUCAUUUUAGAAAAAAAUCCAAUAAUCUUAAAAAAGAGAAAAAUUAUUUAAAGUAUAUGUAUGAUACUUCUAUAAAUUUUUUAGAUAAUUAUAUUCCUUUAGACAAAAAUGUUAAUAAUAAUGGAAAGGAUAAAAACAACAUGUAUACGUGCAAUAAUUGUAAAAUUAAUCAAAGAGUGGAAAAAGAACAUAGAAAUACAGAAGCUAAAAUAAACGAUAAAAAGGAAGCAAUAAAAUCAUCGACAUUCAAUUUUAUAACAAAUAAUGAUCAUAUUAAUAAUUGUUGGGACAAUUCGUUGGAAGGAAAAAAAAAAGAAAAACUUCUAAGUGUAAACAAUGUUCUAGGUGAUUUAAAUAUUCUGAAAAUUCAAAAUAUAAAUAAGGAUAUUUACUUUGAAAAAAAAUUAUAUGAAGAAAUUUAUAUGAAUGAAAAUAUUAAAGAUAUAACAAAAAAAUACAUUAAAAAAAAAAUUAAUAGUGUUUACAUAUUAACAGUGGGAAUAAGUGAAUAUUUUAGAGGUCUAAAUUUAGCUUCCUAUCUCAUUGAUUAUACUUUGUUUUAUUUUUAUUUCAUUAUAUAUAGAAUAUUUUUGUAUAAUAAUAAAAUUUACUGUUACAUAGAUAAUGAUGCAUUUUAUAGUUUAUCUAAUAAUUUAAAAGACGAAUGUACAACAAAUGAUACGUUUGACGAGGGUAUACUAUCAGACAGUUCUAUGGACGAGCUUUGCACAAUUUUAAAUGAUGAAAAAGUUUUAUCAGACAUUGAAAUGAAACAUCAUCGCUUUUGUCAAUAUGGAAAAGAUAUGGAAGAAGAAAAAUUACACAGGAAAAUGGAAAAAGUACAAAGAGAAAACCUAAAAAGCAGGGAAUAUAAUAAAAUGUGUGAAAAAACAAAUGGAAAUAAAGAAAAUGAAUUAAUAAAGCAAAUGGGGCAUGUGUUAGGGAAUCAUUGUGAUAUUAUUAAUACAAAUCUGUAUAAUAAUAUGACAAAUGGAGUAGAUAUUACAAAGGGGGUAAGAAGUAAAGAAGAGACGUUAGGUAAUAUCAGUCCCUGUGAUAUCUCUGGUGAGGCUACUAAGGAUCAUUACAAAUUACAAAAUACAAAUUUUUGCACAAUUCAAAGAGAUGAUUUAAAGAAUAUGAAUAAUAGUACGAAUAAUGGUAACAAAUGUAAAAAUAAACGGAAUAGAGAAAGAUCAAAAAACUACAGCAUAUGCAACGGGGUAAUAGGGGCAUGCUAUAAACAAAUUAUACUGAAUGACUAUUUACAUUAUUUGUAUGAUAUUAUUCAUAAUAAAAAUUCAGAAAUAAUAACAAACGGAGAGAUUCCAAAAAAAAAAAAAAUUUCAUACAUUGUUAAUUUCCCCCCAUAUAAUAAUCCUAGGUACUGCUCUGGCAUAAAUAGUAAAAUUUUAGAUUUCUUUUUAAAUAACUUUUGUGCUCAUAAUUUAAAAGACAGACCUUUUUUUUACUUGAGAAAUGUAAAAACCAAGAGGUCACAUAUCUAUAAUAAUGAUGAAGAUGCAUCAAUUCCUUUAUACAUCUAUUUGCAUGUAAUAGAUUAUAAUAAAGCCGCUAUAAAUUUAUACAAUAAAUUAAAUUUUGAUUACAUUUACACGUAUGAAAAUUUUUAUGAUAUAAACAAGAUAACGUUUUCGUCAUAUUUGUAUGCAUACUUCUUUUAA